UGCGCUGAAUUCAUAACGAAUCGUAAUCCAAGUCGUUUAAACUCAUAAAGAAUAUGAAGUUUCUUAUAGUGGUUUUCCUGGCCUUAGUGGCAUUGACAACAGCAGCUGAGUUUUCAGAACCAUUGGCCGCCAAAGAGCGCUCAAUUUCAAGUCAAAUUGUCGAUGCGAUUGAAGGUGCUAAAACUCAAAUGCCAUGUGGCUUCCCUGGAUUGGGUGUACCACCUAUGGCACCAUUGAAAAUUGGACAUAAGGACAUUAAUAUCAAUGCUGGUUCUUUUGAAUUGGAAGGUGCCAUAGAUAACUUUAAAUUAUAUGGUCUCAAUGAGUUCGAUAUUGUCGAAAUGAAAGUGAGCACCAUAACAAGUAAAAUCACUUUUAAAUUCCAUUUCGAUAUAAUCCAUUGCAAGACCGUUUACAACAUGCUUAUGCGUACCGGUUCCAAUAUGAAGAAGGUAAUGAAUCGUGGAGGAAAUGCUAAAUUAGCACUUAAAGAUUUAACAAUUUGGGGCACAAUUAAAUACUCCCUUGGUCUCAUUGGUAGCAAUGGUUUACGCUUAAAAGAAUUCAAAGUAUAUGCCAGUCUUGGUAAAGUUGUUUCAGAAAUUGAAGGUCUUUCUAAUAUAAAAAUCAUUAAUCGUAAACUCAAUGAGAUUAUCGAGGAAUGGAUUAUGUUGGCCAUCAAUGAUAAUACAGAUAACAUGGCUGACAUUAGCAAUGAUUUCGUCGUGCCAAUUGCAAAUGAAAUAAUUGGUGAGAGAACCUUAACUGAUUUAAUUGGACUUAUUGGUGGUGGUGGCAAUGGUGAAGAAGGUGAGGAAAAAGAAGAAUGUAUACCACCAAUAGAUGAAGAUUAAAUAUUUGCAAAAAUAUCAACCUAUAUUGUGAUUUAAUAUUUAUCGCGUAUUUUAUAAUAAAAUAAA